AUGGCCAAAUUCUGCCCCUGUGUCUUAUGGACUACAGAACUUGGAUCUGGCCAGGCAUUGAGUGUGUUGUUGCAUCUUUUGUUGCAGGUGGAAACUUGCGUGCCAGACAGACGUGUCCUGAUCACCGGGGUAACAGGACUGCUUGGCCGUGCUGUAUAUAAGGAGUUUCUGGAAAAUGACUGGAACACAGUGGGCUGUGGUUACAAGAGAGCGCGACCUAAAUUUGAAAAAGUGAACUUGAUGGAUCCAGGGGCAGUGCGACAAAUUAUCCAGGAUUUUAAGCCUCAUGCUGUUAUACACUGUGCUGCGGAACGGAGACCUGAUGUUGCGGAGACUCAGCCUGAAUAUACCAGGCAGUUGAAUGUAAGCGCCUCGGGAUGCAUAGCCAAGGAGUCAGCUGAAAUUGGAGCCUUCCUGAUCUAUGUGAGCACAAAUUACAUCUUUGACGGAUCGCAUCCUCCUUAUCGAGAAAAUGACACUCCAAACCCCCUCAACCUGUAUGGGAAAACCAAGCUAGAAGGAGAGAGAGUGGUUUUGCAAAAUCAUCCAGGUGCUGCAGUGCUCCGGGUCCCACUCCUUUAUGGCAAUGUAGAGAAGUUGGAGGAAAGUUCAGCCACUUCCUUGUUUGGAAAAGUCCAGUGUCACAGCACAGUUGCCUGCAUAGACCACUGGCAGCAGCAAUAUCCCACACAUGUUGCUGAUGUGGCCAGAGUGUGUAGGCAGUUGUCAGAACGCAGAAUGCAGGACCCAUCGAUCCAUGGAGUUUUCCAUUGGUCUGGGAAUGAGCGAAUGACUAAAUAUGAGAUGGCUUGUACAAUGGCAGAUGUUUUCCAUCUUCCAAGCAACCACCUGCGACCAGUCACAGGUUGUCCUGCUGCUGGUGCUUCUCGACCCCGGGAUGUCCAGCUCAACUGUUCGCGCCUGGAGAGGAUGGGGAUUGGACAGCGGACCCCAUUCCGAGUUGGAGUGCAACGCUGUCUCUGGCCUUACCUCCUGGACAAACAGUGGCGACAGACGGUGUUUCACUGAGACUGUGAAAUUCGGUGUGGGAGAGGGACAGCAGCAAAAAGUGAAAUUUGAUGGAAAAGCACAAAAGUGUCAGAGUUUCAGACAACCCCCUCACUCCGUCCCAGAGAAUAUUAUUUUUUUUAAAAUUCACUGUCUAAACUCUCUGCUGUUGUGUAACCUUGCACACUGCUGGUUUACUCACUCCAUGUGUCUGUCUGUGGGUACACUUUACAAAAAUAUUAUGCACAUUUUAAACUUUUGUUUCUGCUUUGCUUUGUGAUUCUUUUUCAGAUGUAUGGGAGUUUGUACUUGUUUUGAAUUUGUUUGAAAACACUCCAGCCUGGUGUGGGAUGGGUGGGAGUUAAGACUGCUAGGUAUUUUGUUCGGCUCCCACUUAACUACCUGUUUGUACACAGUGUUUCGGUUUCGUGUAGAACGGAAGAGUGGUGGAAGUCAACUUACUGUUGGUUGUCUCUGUCUCUCCACACAAAAACCCCCUCCCUCUCCCAGUGCAUGGGCAAUGCACUGAAUCUCUUCCACUUAGUGUCGCGGUUUAAUUUCAGUCUUCCGAGAAGCGUAGCUCUCUGGACACUGCCUGGCCACUGGAAUCUCCCCUUUUGAGGGUCGUGUCCAUUUAAUUGUGGAGCGGCUUCACAGCCGAGGCCAAUCCUGUUUUUUGCACCUGGAGCUACUGGGUGGUGAGCAGGAAACACAAACCUGCUUUCAUUAUGAGCACCCGUCCCUUUUGCUUCUUCCACCUGUCACCUCAUGAAGAUGCAACAAGCCAACGUGCCUCCCAUCCAGGUGCCAUCAAAUGGGUUUGGCUAGCCUUGGGGAUCUGAUACUGAAUGAGCAAUCCAGUGGUUGUGAAUUCACUCCCUGCCAUGGAAACUUGAGAAACUAGUUUCACAAAAUCAGGUAAUUUAUGGACUGGCACCAGGUAAAGUGACCACGUAGUUGUCAGGUUGUAAUUAAAAACCCAUCUGGUUCACAACUGCCCUUCAGGGAAGGGAACCUGCCAUCCCUACCUGGUCUGGCCUAUAUGUGACUCAGUCCCCACAAUGCAUGCUUGCAUCUUAAUUGCGUGCGCCAUCUAAGGAUAAACUAAAUCAGUGUUACUUGGAGGUUUUUGAAAGUGGAGUUUUAAGUUUUUCAUUGAGCAGAGAUGACUUUAAAUUUGAGUUUAAAAAUUGAUCCAUUAGGUUUUCACUGUUUCAAUUAUUUGAGUUUUGAAACAAAUUCAGAGUUACAGGAUUGUAUUCUCAAAACUAGAAUCUUUGGUGAGAAAAGUGUUUUGAAGGUUUGGAUGUAAUUUUUGUUCAAGGUGAAACUUGUUUAUGAACCAUGUUUUCAGCAGGUAAGCUUUAGAUCAUUGCAGAUUUUCCAGUGUUUCAGUACUUUCAAAUAGCAGAAGCUCCAAAAAUGCGGUCUGUGUCUUUAUCUCUGUAACGUGACCUUCAGUGUUUCCUGUGCAUUGAAGUCAGCCCUGUCUUUGCUUUCUGAAUGAUUGUUUUGUUUUGUACUUCACGCUUCCCCUGAUAUAAAGCAGCUCAUACAAGAUUUAUUGCCGGCUAUAGGUUUAAAAUGACUCGCGCAUUUUCUAUUAGAUGUUAACAGAGCAAUAGAAAAAGAGAGGCCACAGUCUCAGGUUGAGAUUGUAUGGACACCAAACAGGAAUGAGUUCAGCGUUGAAUACAUAUGAACAGACUGAAUUCACUAAUUGACGUCAGUCAGAGUGCUCACUUUCGUGCUGACUACUCUCCCUCUCUUUCCUCUCCUAUCUCACUGCUGGGAAUUAACGCUGAAGGGGAUGAGAUCUAACGACCUUAUUCAUUGUCUGGGAGUUUUAGAGCUGGCAGUAAAUCUGUUAAACCCAGUUUGGAUGUCUAAUCUUAUUAAUCUUGCUUGGCACACAUGAGCGCUGCUGUAGGAAAUAAUUUUUAAAAAAGUCUAAAAGGUGCAUUGUGUUACAUUCACUUGAGUGUCAGUAUACAGGAAGCUUUGUUCCAUAUCUAAGCUGUACAGUGUUUGAGGGGCUAUGUAGAGUGCAUUUUUUAAAAAAAAUAUACUAGUGGGUUUUACUGUUUGCAGUCUAUUGAUUACAAAUCGAAAACACUCCUCACUAAUUAAUGGACUAAUUUGUGAAUGUCAGGACAGCUCUGAAUGUCUGACUGGAAGCUGCCUGUCUGAUGCAGCCAAAUAUAUUUACUAUCACUGCCAGCUGCCUGUAUAUUUUCCCCUUAUUUUCUAAGGAUUUUUAAAAAUCAUUUUCUGUAAUACUUACUUGGGAGCCUCAUGCUGUCUGACCGAGAAUCAUUGUGAUCUGGGAUUGUUGUCACAAAUGUGCAUCCUUGAGAGACUCUAAACAAUUAUUCCUGGUCUCUGUCUGAGUAGAGCUGAGUAAAGGGCUAUGAUUCUUCCUGAAACAUCCUAUUUUGGUGUCUUUGAAUUAACCACUGCCCUCAGAUGUACAGUAAACCUGUGAACAAUGUAGUUCCUAGCACUCGAUCUUUUAAACAUGGGCCAAGACUUUGAGCUCUGAUUGCUGAGGAAAGUUUCAUUUUUGUUUUUACUUCUGAAGGAGUCAUGUUGGACUCAAUAUCAGUUCAUUUCUCCCUCAAAUGCUGACUUCUGAGAUUUUUUUAUCACUUUGAUUUUAUUUCAGAUCUCCAGCAUAUAUGUACUUUUUUUUUUGUCCUAUCACUUCAGUUGAUUGCAUGAAUUCCUGGCCCAGCCUGCUUUGUCCUGGAGGUGUUACCUCUUGCUGCAGAUCCGUCCUGCAAGUCCAAUCGCAUUGCUGAUGUGUUGACCAAGUGGCCAUUCAAAAUGUGCUAGCAGGCUACUCAACUAUUCAAGCAUCGCAGUUUUUCACCUGACCAAAGCCCUCCCAUUUGUUCACAUUUCUGCACAGAAAAUGCUGCAGCCAGGACCUUGUGCCAUGUGCAUUAUUCCUCAGCAAGAGAAUUACAUCUCAGGACUGCGCUUGAGUGUAGCAGAGGACAGUUUGAUGUGGCUCAGCUCUAGUACACAUAUCUAUAACCUUUUUGGCAGUGAUCAUGUGUUUUUGCAAACUGUGACACUGCUGAAACAAUUCCAGUAGUUAACAGCCAAUACACGUCUGUGGAAACUGGAGUCUUUCUUUAUCUGUAAACUACACUUGUGAACAAACAACUGCAACAUUUUAAUGUGCAACUUGAAGGAAUAAUGCUUUUCACAUUCUGUCCUGUAGAGACAUACAAUGUAGAAAAUUUAUUAAUAAAGCUUCUACAAACUA